AUGUCAGCAUACCGAUGGAAAAGCUUCGACGAGAACGAGGAUCGCCCCUCCAAGCCUCGCCGCUACGGCGUCACCGAAAUGCGAAGCCCUCAUUACACUCUCUUCAACCACAAUGUUCUUCAGGAUAUUUUUGAAUCAAUGGGAGAUGUUGUUGAUGGUUUGAAAUUCUCUGGAGGUUCUGAUAGCUUGAUGCCAAAAGCUUUUAUCAAACAAGUCAUUGAUACGGCUCACCAGUAUGAUGUGUAUGUUAGCACUGGCGAUUGGGCUGAACAUAUGAUUCACAAAGGUCCAUCAGGCUUCAAAGACUAUGUAGAGGAAUGCAAGAAAUUGGGAUUUGAUACAAUUGAGCUCAAUGUGGGUUCCAUUGGAGUUUCGGAAGAAACCCUUUUAAAAUUUGUUCGCUUGGUCAAAACUGGUGGCAUGAAAGCCAAGCCUCAUUUUCAAGUUAAGUUUAAUGAGUCUGAAAUUCCCAGAGGUGGCAAUAGAGCCUACGGCGCAUAUAUUCCUCCAGCAUCUAGAUCAUUUGAACUAGUAGAAGAUGUGGAUCUCAUGAUUAGGAGAGCUGAGAGGUGUCUAGAAGCAGGUGCCGACAUGAUAAUGAUUGACGCUGAUGAUCUCUCCAAACACGCCGAUAAUAUGCGAGCAGAUGUUAUUGCAAAGAUCAUAGGCCGCCUUGGUCUCGAGAAGACUAUGUUUGAAGCAUCAAAUCAGAGCGCAUCUGAAUGGUUUAUCAAACAAUAUGGACCAAAGGUGAACCUUUUCAUCGAUCACUCACACUUGGUUGAUGUGGAGUGCAUCCGAGGACGCAACUUGGGUAGAAAUCACGCUUCUGUCCUAGGUUCUUCAUAUUUCCUGUUCUAA